GUUAGAAGAGCACGACUCUCUUCGUCCCCUCUCCCCUCCCCUCGCUUCGUCUCUCUUGCGACUCCGCCCGAUCGCCGCCCUGAUCCCAAUCGAGAGCAGCGUGAUCAAGCCGCCGGCGAGGGAAGCGGAGGCAGCACACCCUUUCUCUGGAAAUCUUAGAUCCCCGUUUUUCUCUCUCUUCCUUCCUUUUCCGGUUCCUCCGUCCCUUCACGACGCCGUGCUUGGAUCGGACAGCGGACCCUCCGAUCGAACCUCCAACGCGCUGUGGUGCUCGCCUACUCUCCGUCCGGACUCAGAUCGCUACAAAACCCAUGGUUUCUGGUACAAUCAAGAGCCAGAUGGAAGCUAAGGAUGGCAGUUGGUAUAAGAAUGUUCGUGAAAUAUAUGCUGAUGCAAGAUUGGUUUUCACUAAUGCAAUGAAACACAAUGAUGAUCAAAGUGAUAUUCAUGUUAUGGCAAAAUCAUCGCUGGAAAAUUUUGAAGAGAAGUGGCUGCAAUUGCUACCUAAAGUUGUUGAAGAGGAAGCAAGACAAAAAGAUGAAGGAGCUCAAAAUCUUUCAAAUAUUCGUAAUUCUCAAAAGGCUGCAUAUGCAAAAAUAGCUAGAGAGACAUAUAAUGAGCUUGAUGAACUCAAUUCACAAUUGGAAGAUCUAAGGGCGAGGAUAAUAGAGAAAUGCAGAAAAAUGACUACAGAGGAGAAAAGGAAACUUGGGGUUGGCCUGAGCACUUUAUCCCCUGAAGAUCUUAACAUGGCUUUAGAAAUUAUAACUGAAGACAAUCCUAGUUUCCAAGCCACUGGCGAAGUAGUGGACCUCGAUUUGGAUGCGCAGAGUGAAACCACAUUGUGGAAGCUCAAAUUCUUCAUGAAGAGGGUAUUAGAGAAUCAAGCAAAGAACUCUGUGGUAAAGGCUAACGACAACUUGAAGAGAAAGAGAGAGAUUAUUUGCAAAGCUUUGGUGAAGAGUGCAGCGAAGAAGAGAAACAAAUAGCUUUCGGUGUUAUGAUGUUGCUCGAUGUCACACAUGUAAAUGCAACUAACUUUUGUUGGUGAAGAAAUUUAGUUGGAACUUCUGAAACAAGUUGCCUUUUUUGUUGCCCAAGAUGUUUGAAAGAAGUUUUUGCCUUUAAACAGCUUUUGCUGGUGGUACUUCUGGCAUAUCGAAAAAAGUUCAAAUCAAGUUUAGCAAUGCGGUCAUGUAUGUUGGUUGCGUAAUAAUUUGUAUUGUUUGCUCUGAUGGCAGUGCAAA